AUGCCUGCCUCUAAACCAGCAUCUCUUGAAAAAAUUCGUAAGCUGGAAAUCCAGAAAGAGGAAGAUCUGCAGUCGGUGUGUGAAGUGGCUGCCCAUAUGUUCAGUGAUGGAGUAACAAACUGGGGUCGAGUGGUGACGCUCAUCUCAUUUGGUGCCUUUGUUGCGAAACACCUGAAGAGCAUAAACCAGGAGAAGUGCAUCAGCUCGCUGGCAGGGAUCAUCACGGACGCGCUUGUCUCAUCUAAGCGCGAGUGGCUCAUGAGCCAGGGAGGCUGGGAGGGCUUUGUUGACUUCUUUCGAGUCGAGGACCUAGAAGGCAGCAUCAGAAAUGUACUGAUGGCGUUUGCAGGCGUGGCUGGACUGGGGGCAAGCUUGGCCUACAUGAUCCGGUGAGCCAGGGUGUGCUGCAGAGGGACAAAGCUCUGGGUGGACCGGCUCUGUUUUGGGGCUUGUGAGCUGAUCACUUCCUCCUGUGAGUACUUGUGAAGCUGGACUUGAAUGAUGCAAGGGGAAUAUCUAGGCAUCACCUGAGCAAUCCUUUCCUAAGAAGGAAGGUGUGAUCCAGUCAGAUUGUGGGUACCGAUGAGGAUUUA